AUGACUGAAACACAAAGCCUUCGUUUUGGAUUUUUAUCCACAGCGGCGAUCGGAAAGAAAGUAGCCAAGGCCAUUCAGGAAUCUCCAUUUGCUAGUAAUUAUGGUGUUGCUUCAAGAGAGAUGAGCCGAGCUGAGAAAUUUGCUAAAGAGAAUGGAUUUGAAAAGGCUUUUGCAACCUAUGAUGAAUUAUUGGCUUGUUCCGAAGUAGAUGCUGUUUAUAUUCCAUUGCCAACAUCAAUGAAGGAAGAAUGGGCGAUUAAAGCAGCAAAGGCUGGCAAGCAUGUCUUAUGUGACAAGCCUUUUGCCUCUGCCGAAUCAGUGAGAAAUAUGAUCAAGGCUUGUGAAGAGAAUGGAGUGUUUUUCAUGGACAAUACUAUGUGGGUCCAUAACAAGCGUACUCAUCAUUUGAAGCACUUGUUUGCAACUGAUGAAAGGUUCAACAAAUUAGUUCGUGUGAACAAUUCUUUUGCUAAUUAUUUCAUGGACAAUCUCAACGAUAUUCGAUUGGAUAUUACUUUGGAGCCAUAUGGAUGUCUUGGCGAUUUGGGUUGGUAUUGUGUUCGUAAUAUUUUGUGGGCUUUCAACUAUGAGUUACCCACAAAGGUGGUUGCAUUUUCCAAAAGACAUGAUCAUGAGUUGUCCAAUAAGAGAGCUAUUAUCAAUUUUGAUGGAAUUUUGCAAUUUUCAAAUGGUAGAGUUGCCACUUUCAAUUGUAGCUUUGAAGAGGCACAGAGACAAACAAGUGAAAUUGUGUUCCCUCGUUUUAGAAUUCUUGUGGAUGACUUUGUGUUGACAUGGGACAAUGAAGAAAUUUAUUUCCCACGAAGCACCUAUGAUAAGCAUGGAAAAUUCCAAAUUCAUUCACAACAUGGGCGAUAUGAAACUGUUGUUUGUGAAGAAUCGACCCAACAUGUCGAAUUAUUUGAAUCAUUCUUUAAAGGAGCAAAAAAUCCAAAGGAGCAUCUUCAUUGGGAUCAGAGACAGAAAAAACAAUGA